ACAAAUUAUGUUUGACGCUUAUGAUUUAAAUAAACCUCCUCCAAAUAAAAUUUCCAAACAUUUCGUGAAAUGGGAAGAAUCAUUUUCUUUAAAUGAUACUGGAUAGUGAUUAAUAUUUUCUAAAUAUACUAUAAAGUAAUAAUUGGCAUAAUAAUAUUUUUAAGGAUACUGCUUUUUUCUGGAUGUGAUGACGGCUGUGAUUCAAAUGAUCACUUUCGGAAUGUUUUCCCGUUGCAGCUAUUUAUUAAAAUCUCACAGAUACCCCUCCUUUAAUAUAUCACAGAUACCCCUCUUCUUUGAAUACGACAGAAAUUGUAAAAUGGGAAUAUAAUAUUGAAUCAUGAGACGGCUUGUUCAUAACCUUUAAGUUAAUCUUCGAGAAUUAUUAAAUGCUGCCCAGAUGCAGAAGUUUUGCAAUAUACAAAACUAUGAGUAUUUGUUUUGAAUAAAAAAGAACAUUUUUCUGUUUGUUGUGAAAACUGUAAGAAAGCCUCUUGUAACACAACUAAUAGGAUUCUUGUAACACAACUAAUAGGAUUCUGAAGCAUAACUUAAUUAGAUAUCAAUCUCCAUGUAUAAGAGAAGCCUACGUUCAUUUACUAUUAUAUGCCAGUUAAGUGUAUAUGCAUGCACAGGUUAUGGAUUUUAAAACCUUCUUGAAACAGGAAUUAAUGGCAAAAGCUAAAAGGAAUUAAUGUCAAAGCAUCCGCAUGCAAUCAAAAAUCUGAAUGAUGAACAUGUAGCAAAUGCUAAACCAUAUGUGAAAGAAAUUACGUGAGUUUGUUGGAGUUUAAUAUGAAUUUCAUGACAUCAGUGCAAAAAGAUAUGUCAACUUCCAUCACAGAGCAACCAUUCAGGAGUGAUACCAAUUCCAGGCCACCUUAUGAUAAAAAUGACUUCAGAAGUCACUCGAGUAAAAGAACGUACAUUUGUGAAAUGUGUUUGAAGUCUUAUACACGAAAAUCUACCUUAAACAAACACAUAGAAAGUCAUACUGGAGUGAUGCCAUAUCAGUGUGAUACAUGUUAUAUGCGAUUUGCACAAAAAAGGCUUUUAUACAGACAUGCACUUAUACAUUCAGGUGAAAAACCACAUGUAUGCGAUUUAUGUAGCAAGUCAUUUUCCCGCAAAGAUUCAUUAAGGAAUCACAUGCUUACCCACAGUAAUGAGAAGCCACAUAAGUGUGAUACGUGCUGCGAGACUUUUGCACGCAAGGACAGUUUAAUUUUGCAUAUGUAUGUACACUCAGGUAUGAAACCACAUGUGUGUAAUGUAUGUGGCCAGUCAUUUGCACGUCGAUCUCAGUUAAAAAAUCACUUCUAUAUUCACACAUGUGAGAAACCGCACAGAUGUGAUAUAUGUGCCAAGUCGUUUGCUCGCAGAGGUGACUUGAAAGAACAUGUGUAUACGCACACAGGAGAGAAACCUCAUAAGUGUAAUAUAUGUUACAAAUCAUUUGCACAGAAAGGUCAGUUAAACAAACACAUGCUUAUCCAUACUGGUGAGAAACCGCAUAUGUGCGAUACAUGCAACAGGACAUUUGCUCACAAAGCUUCAUUAAAUAAUCAUAUGCUAACUCACUCUGUGGUGAAAUUAUAUAAAUGUGAUGUGUGCUCAAAGUCAUUCACACGCAACGAUACCUUAAUCUUGCAUAUGCAUACCCACACUGGUAUGAAACCUCAUGAGUGUGGUAUAUGUGGCAAGUCAUUUUCACAAAAAAGUAAUUUAAAUCAACAUAUGCGUAUCCAUACUUGUGAGAAACCAUACAAAUGUGAUAAAUGUGGUAAAUCAUUUGUACAGAAGGGUAAUUUAAAUGUACAUAUGCUUGUCCAUAGUCAGAGUCGUAGCUAGGGUUUUCAGCGCCCAGGGACAACUGAAGAUUUCGCGCCCCCUACUGGUUGCCAAGGAUGGAAAACAUUUAAUUCUAAAAUGUCGUAACAUCAGUUUGGCGCCCCUUGGAUUCUGCGCCCGGGGACAGAUGCCCCCCUUGCCCCCCUCUAGCUAUGCCCCUGUCCAUAGUAGUGUUAAAUCACACUAGGACAGUUAAACUUCUCAUGGUGACUAUCUUUGAAAUUUGCUAUGAUCAGUUCCUCAGAAUUUAGCUUAUUUUUAAAGAAUACAACACUUCUAAAGCGUUCACCUCCACAGAUAUACAAAAUUGGUAUUUGUCUUCUAUAGCACCUUGGCAGGAGAUAAUGAUGUUGGCACUGUUCAGCCUUAAGAAAGUGCUAUUUGAUGCCAAGUGUUAUAAACAUAAAAUGAAAUUGAUUGUGAUUAGGAAUAAACAAGAAAUUUACAAGUUUUUUAACAUAUAGUUAUAGAAAUUAUUUAAUAUGAGAUUUGAUAUGCUAAAAUAUAGUUAUGGGUGUUGCCGAUUUUUGGAGGUAUAUUUUUGCUGUUUAUAUUGUUGCUACACAAAGCCAAAAUAAGUCAAAGAAUUGCACAAACUUGGCAUUGCGCACUUGCUUGACGUUGUCCAUGUACACAUCGAUCUAUUUUCACUUAAAAAGUCAAAGGAGCAGCAAACAAAAA